AUGUCCGCAGACGAGAUACCGGACGAGCUAUGGAGGAAGAUACUAGAAAUUGGCGUCAAGUCGUCGACUUUCUCCUACAAAGAUCUCUGCUGCAUCUCCAUCUCAUCUCGCCGUCUCUGCCGAUUGUCCUGUGACGAUUCCCUCUGGCUCCUUCUGCUCUUCCAUGAUUUCCCCAGCCAUAUCGACUCUUCUUCUUCCUCUUCUCAAUCUCCCACCAAGUUUAUCUACAGGACAAGGUUUGAGAGGGAGAAGGAGAGGAAAGUAGCUGCCCAUAGAAGAGCUCUACUGAGGAAGGAAAGUGUAGUUUCAGAAUUGGGUCGGAGGAUUCGUGAAUUGGAAACUCGAUUAUCAGAGGAGGCAGAGAGAUUUCAAGGUGCUUCUAUGGAAUUUUCAAAUUUGCAGAGAAUCAGGCAAGCAUCAGUAGCUUUGAACGUUUGGCAGCCAGAGGUUGUACGUGGCAGACAAAAGCAAAUGGUUGAGCAAAACGCUGUUCCUGUUGCGGGCCGUUUGCGUGCGCUUGAGAUGGAAAUGAAGUUAUGCAAACAGCAAAUCAUGGGUGUGAAUAGGUCACUUAGGGAAGUAAAAAAACGAUUUGACAUUGCCGGAAAAGAGGUAGAAUCCAUGACGUAUCAUCCUUUACGAGAUUAUAAGUUGAUACGUAGUGGAGACCAAGUAAGUAAUGCCAAGAGGAAGAAGUUGAAAACGAGCAUUAACUUUCCGGCUAAAAACCCAGCAAGACCCAGUAAGAAGAUCAAGCUGUUACACUCAGAAUCGGAAUGA